AUGAAAUCCUCGGUGAUGUUUAUGCUGCUAAUACUACUGCUACAACUAAAACUGCUACUACUGCUACUGCCACUAUGUAAAGGAGGGGGCUUAGUACACAGCCUUGAGAGGCACCUGUGUUGGGGGUCAGAGGGCCAGAGUAGUAGCAGUGGUAGUAGGAGCAGUAAGCGUAGCAGCAGCAGCAAUAGUGGCAGUGGUAGCAGUAGCAGUAAUAGCAUCGAUAGCAGUAACAGCAUCGACAGCAGUAGUAGUAACAGCGUCGACGGCAGUAGCAGUAACAGCGUCGACGGCAGUAACAGUAACAGCGUCGAUGGCAGUAACAGUAACAACGUCGACGGCAGUAGUAGUAACAGCAUCGACGGCAGUAACAGUAACAGCAUCGAUGGCAGUAGCAGUAACAGCAUCGACGGCAGUAGCAGUAACAGCAUCGGCGGCAGUAGCAGUAACAGCAUCGACGGCAGUAGCAGUAAUAGUAUUAACAGCAGUAGCAGUAAUAGCAUUAAUAGCAGUAGCAGUAAUAGCAUUGAUGACAGUAGCAGUAACAGCAUCGGCAGCAGUAGCAGUAACAGCAUUGAUGGCAGGAGCAGUAACAGCAUUAACGGCAGUAGCAGUAGCAGUAAUAGCAUUAACAGCAGUAGCAGUAAUAGCAUUGAUGGCAGUAGCAGUAACAGCAUUGACAGCAGUAGCAGUAACAGCAUCGGCAGCAGUAGCAGUAACAGCAUUGACGGCAGUAGUAGUAACAGCAUUGAUGGCAGGAGCAGUAACAUCAUUAACGGCAGUAGCAGUAGCAGUAAUAGCAUUAACAGCAGUAGCAGUAACAGCAUCGGCAGCAGUAGCAGUAACAGCAUUAACAGCAGUAGCAGUAAUAGCAUCGACAGCAGUAGCAGUAACAGCUUUGACAGCAGUAGCAGUAACAGCAUCGACGGCAGUAACAGUAACAGCGUCGACGGCAGUAACAGUAACAGCGUCGGCGGCAGUAGCAGUAACAGCAUCGACGGCAGUAGCAGUAACAGCAUCGACGGCAGUAACAGUAACAGCGUCGAUGGCAGUAGUAGUAACAGCGUCGACGGCAGUAACAGUAACAGCAUCGACGGCAGUAACAGUAACAGCAUCGGCGGCAGUAGCAGUAACAGCAUCGACGGCAGUAACAGUAACAGCAUCGGCGGCAGUAGCAGUAACAGCAUUGCCGGCAGUAGCAGUAAUAGUAUUAACAGCAGUAGCAGUAAUAGCAUUGAUGACAGCAGCAGUAACAGCAUUAACGGCAGUAGCAGUAACAGCAUUGACGGCAGUAGUAGUAACAGCAUUAACAGCAGUAGCAGUAAUAGCAUCGACAGCAGUAGCAGUAACAGCUUUGACGGCAGUAGCAGUAACAGCACUGAUGGCAGUAGUAGUAACAGCAUCGGCAACAGAAGCAGUAAUAGCAUCGGCAGCAGUAGCAGUAACAGCAUUGACAGCAUUAGCAGUAACAGCUUUGACAGCAGUACCAGUAAUAGCAUAGACGGCAGUAGCAGUAACAGCAUCGACAGCAGUAGCAGUAACAGCAUUGAUGGCAGUAGCGGUCACAGCAUUGACGGCCGUAGCUGUAACAGCAUCGACGGUGGUAGCAUUAAUAGCAUCGACAGCAGUAGCAGUAACAGCAUUGACGGCAGUGGCAGUAGCAGUAGCAGUAAUAGCAUUGACGGCAGUAGCUGUAACAGCAUCGACGGUGGUAGCAUUAAUAGCAUUGACAGCAGUAACAGUAACAGCAUUGACGGCAGUAGCAGUAACAGCAUUGACGGCAGUAACAGUAACAGCAUUGGCAGCAGUAGCAGUAGUAACAGCAUUGACAGCAGUAGUAAUAGCAUUGACAGUAGCAGUAACAGCAUUGACGGCAGUAGCAGUAACAGCAUUGACGGCAGUAGCAGUAGUAAUAGCACUGACAGUAGCAGUAACAGCAUUGACGGCAGUAACAGUAACAGCAUUGGCAGCAGUAGCAGUAGUAACAGCAUUGACAGCAGUAGUAAUAGCAUUGACAGUAGCAGUAACAGCAUUGACGGCAGUAGCAGUAAUAGCAUUGACGGCAGUAACAGUAACAGAAUUGGCAGCAGUAGCAGUAGUAACAGCAUCAAUGGCAGUAGCAGUAAUAGCAUUGACGGAAGUAGCAGUAGUAACAGCAUUGACAGCAGUAGUAAUAGCAUUGACAGUAGCAGUAACAGCAUUGACAGCAGUAGCAGUAAUAGCAUUGACGGCAGUAAUAGUAACAGCACUGGCAGCAGUAGUAACAGCAUCGAUGGCAGUAGCAGUAAUAGCAUUGACGGAAGUAGCAGUAACAGCAUUGACGGCAGUAGCAGUAAUAGCAUUGACGGCAGUAACAGUAACAGCAUUGGCAGUAGUAGUAACAACAUCAAUGGCAGUAGCAGUAAUAGCAUUGACGGAAGUAGCAGUAGUGACAGCAUUGACAGCAGUAGUAAUAGCAUUGACAGUAGCAGUAAUAGCAUUGACGGCAGUAGCAGUAAUAGCAUUGACGGCAGUAACAGUAACAGCAUUGGCAGCAGUAGUAGUAACAGCAUUGACGGCAGUAGCAGUAAUAGCAUUGACGGCAGUAACAGUAACAGUAUUGGCAGCAGUAGCAGUAGUAACAGCAUCGAUGGCAGUAGCAGUAAUAGCAUUGACGGAAGUAGCAGUAGUGACAGCAUUGACAGCAGUAGUAAUAGCAUUGACAGUAGCAGUAACAGCAUUGACGGCAGUAGUAGUAAUAGCAUUGACGGCAGUAACAGUAACAGCAUUGGCAGCAGUAGUAGUAACAGCAUUGACGGCAGUAGCAGUAGUAACAGCAUCGAUGGCAGUAGCAGUAAUAGCAUUGAUGGAAGUAGCAGCAGUAGUAGGAGCGUGGUCACUUGA